AUGCUCGAAUCUCUAUCUAAAAAUCAAGAAAUUCACUCUUUUCUCAAACUCUACCCAAAAGCACAAUGAAACCAAUGUCUAGAAGCAAUAAUCGUCUAUGGAGUCCAAACCCUUCAAAAAAAAUACCCUUACGGCCUCUCUUAUCAGUUACUUCUCUCCAUCACAGGCCUCGAUUUGCAGCUUGAGCGGAAUCAUUCCCACUCAAACCUCCGCACAAAUUCAGAAAAAUCCAAAAAAGAGCCAAAAACUCAGGAUUCUACCAAAAAAAAGCGCCCUGAGUCUUCCAAAGUCCUUAAAUCAAGCUCAUCCAGGCCAUCUUUAUACCCAAAUUCCAAGAGAAACUACCAAGAAGUCCCAUCCAAAAUAAAAGAAGACGUAAAUAAAGAUAUUGCUAUAUAUAAGUAUAAGAUGGAAGUAUCAAGGACUUCUCUAAAAGGCAGAAAUGAGAGUGAAGACCGGAGAAGUUCAGGAAUCCAAACAGACAGAAGCUAUGGAAAAGAAGAACAGACCCCCAGCUGGGAAAAUAAAAGCCUUUACAAUGAGCAAAACAGCCAUAAGAGUAAAAUACAAAUUUCUGAAAAAAUCAAAGAGCCCAAAACAGUUGCAUUAGAAACAGCAAAAAAUCUGUUUAGAUAUGUCCACCCUACAAAAGAAGCCAAAUAUAAAGAAAUUCCAGCAGAAAAAACAGAAAAUAAAGUGCUUAAAAUUGCUGACCAAUUUUUGAAAAACCCAGUUACAAGCUACUUGGCUAAAAACCAAGGGAUGUUUUCAGUCCCUCACUCCCCGAAGUUUUUAGAAAGGCUGAUGUCUCCUGAAAGUAACUUAUUAUCAAGCGUAGAAAUGCUGAGUCCUACAUAUUAUAUGGACACUUAA